AUGGAUGAUUUUUUGCUUUACAUGCAAAAUGAAAUACAAAAUCUGCGGCAUUUAAAAGAAAAUUUGAUAAAAGAGGUGUAUGCUGAGAUGUGUAGGCUAGAAAAUAGCUUAGCAACUUAUGUUGACAAGAUUGAUGAAGAAAUUGCUAAAUUUUCAUCAAAAAUAAAUGAAGCAAUGGAAGCUCUUGAAAAUAAUGAAGAGAGCAUAAAUUCAGAUUAUUCGAUGCUUUCGACUAAUGAUCUUGAAUUUAUCAGAGCAAGCCAAAUAACCCUAAACUCGAAAACUCCUUAUAAAACAAUAAUUUCUGAAGUUUAUAGAAAUAUUGGCUGGGUAAAACUUUCAGAAUUCCAAGAAAUUUUCAAAGAAAAAUUAAUCUUAGAGGUCAAAUUACUUGACAUAAAUACUAUUAUGAGCCAGUAUACCCCAAAAAAUAUAAAAGAAAAUGAAGAAUUGAAGCAGUCAUAUGAAGCACUUAAAACAAGAGAAAUUGAGCUAAUAAAAAAUAUAGAAAUAACUGAACAAAAAUAUAUAAAAGAAAAUGAAGAAUUGAAACAGUCAUAUGAAGCACUUAAAGCAAAAGAGAUUGAGUUAAUAAAAAACAUAGAGGUGACUGAGCAGAGCAACAAAUAUUUAAAAGAUGCUUAUGAUGAAUUAUAUAAAAAAUACCAAGAUCUUGAAUCAAGAAAUAGUAAGCCUGAUGAUGCUCAACUUCAGAGAGCGGCUCCAAUCCCAUUUUUGGCUCAAAGGGCUUCAACUUCAAGCCUCUUCUUUGGAAGGACAGUUUCAAAUAGCUUUCGUAGAAGGCAGUAA